AAAAAGUCGAAAGAAAAUCAACGAUCAGGAUUAAAGGCAUGAAGCGCGUUUAAGCAAUAUCUGCGUUAAUCCUAACGGUUACGAUGAUGACACGUGGUCCCUUAUUUUACGGGAUGUCGUUACUUUUUUUCUCCACUUAAAGAAGAUUAGAGAGGAAAGGAGGAGACGAAAAAUGGGCCAAGCGGCGUCGUCUACGGCGGAAUCUAACGGAAGAGAGGUAGAUCUCCGCCUAUGCUCCGUAACUCCGAUGAUCAUCGUCGUCGGCGGUGGCGGCGGAGGCGGAGGAGGAGAAUCGAUGGAUUCUGGAAUUAGAGAUCGCGAUUUCACUUCAGAUCUACCAGACGAGUGCUUAGCUCACGUGUUUCAGCACCUCGGAGCCGGAGAUCGGAAACGAUGCUCUCUCGUUUGCAAACGGUGGCUAUUCGUCGACGGUCAGAACCGUCACCGGUUAUCUCUCGACGCACGAGCCGAGAUCUCAUCGUUUCUAACGUCCAUGUUAAACCGGUUCGAUUCGGUUACGAAGCUCGCUCUCCGAUGCGAUCGGAAGUCGAUUAGUUUAAGCGACGAGGCUCUUGUUGUUAUCUCCGUUCGUUGCUUGAAUCUGACACGUGUCAAGCUUCGUGGCUGCCGUGAGAUAACGGAUUUAGGGAUGGUGGAGUUCGCUAAGAACUGUGGGAAUCUAAAGAAGUUUUCCGUUGGAUCUUGUAAUUUCGGAGCGAGAGGUGUUAAUGCGAUGCUUGAGAAUUGUAAGGCUCUUGAGGAGUUGUCUGUGAAGAGGCUCAGAGGGAUACAUGAGGCUGCGGAGAUGAUUCGUGGCUCUUCUUCGCUUAGGUCUAUUUGCUUGAAGGAGCUUGUUAAUGGACAGGUGUUUGAGCCUUUGGUUGCUAAUACUAAGACGUUGAAGACGUUGAAGAUUAUUCGGUGUUUGGGUGAUUGGGAUAAGGUUUUGGAGAUGAUUGGGGAAGGGGAGAGCUCAUUGAGUGAGAUUCAUCUCGAGAGGCUUCAAGUUAGUGACUUUGGGCUUUCCGCGGUUUCGAAAUGCUCAAAGGUCGAGACUUUGCAUAUAGUGAAGACGCCGGAGUGUUCAAACUUUGGUUUGAUUGAUGUUGCGGAGAGGUGUAAGUUGCUGAGGAAGCUUCAUAUUGAUGGAUGGAGGACUAAUAGGAUUGGUGACGAAGGUCUAGUGGCUGUUGCUAGACAUUGCUUGAACUUACAGGAGCUUGUGUUGAUUGGGGUUAACGCAACGCAUAAGAGUUUAUCAGCGAUUGCUUCGAACUGUGAGAAGCUCGAGAGGUUGGCGCUUUGCGGGAGUGGAACUAUAGGGGAUACGGAGAUUGCUUGCAUCGCUAAGAAAUGUGGAGCGUUGAGGAAGUUUUGUAUCAAAGGGUGUCCGGUUUCGGAUUUGGGGAUCGAGGCGCUUGCUGCUGGUUGUCCUAAUUUGGUGAAGUUGAAGGUGAAGAAGUGUAAAGUGGUGACUGGAGAGAUUGGAGUGUGGCUUCGUGAACAGAGGAGGACGCUUGUGGUGAGUAUGGAUGGUGAUGAGACUGAAGCAACGGUAGCGGUUGAUGGGGAGAGUGAAACAGCGUGGGAGGAGCCGAGGAUGGGUCAUGUUCGUGGUGGUGGUGGUGUGCCGGAGAUUGUUGGUUCAGGUAGUAACGGUGGUGGUGGGAACAAUGGAGGAAGUAGUAGAUUAGCGACGAUUAGGUCGAAGUUUGGGUUCUUUGCUGGAAGGAACUUAGUAAGUUGCAGAUUCAGGAGAUGGUCUCAUAAUCAUAAUGACAAUGGUUCUAGUUCUACUUGAUCAACUACUAUAAAACGAUAAUUGUCAAAAAGAAAAAAAAAAGCUUUCUUCUGCCUUCUUGUUUGAUUUAUGUUUGUCUGUAAUCCUAUUUCAUGAUGUUUCCAUGUGUGUGUGUAAGAAGAAGACUUUGUUAAUUAGAAAAGUGAUUCCAAGGAAGAAUGUUUAUUUGUUAUUUCUCUGUUUGG